AUGUCCGAGGAUGAUUGGGAUUUGGACGCCUACCACGAGGAUAUCAGGACAGCCUACCACCAACUACGGGUCAUCUAUCCAUCUCUUGGACCAUUCCGGGCUCCUAGGGCGAAUGACUCGGAAACAGUGAAGAGCAUAUUCAAUAACUUACGCGAGUUCAUGUGCAAUUGUCCUAUACUAUUUCCAGAAUUCGUCGACUGGGAGAAAGAAUUGUUGAAAGGUGUCAAAAAUGGAAACAGAGACAACCAGGACACAGGAAAACUGAAGCGGAUGAUAGAUCCCUUAAUAUCGUUGUCGCAUAGCUUGAAAAGAAAGUUGGAAGAAGCCCAAAACGAUUAUGAUGGUUUGGGGGAGAUCUUCAAUGAUUUCAAUGGUGAGGUCUACGAUGAGAGGGGUGUGAAUGGCUGGAUGAGGGACUCGAACACUGUGAACCCUCCUACUCCUACAAGCAAUAGAACUCGAAACAAUUCAACAAAAAGCUCAAGCUCGAAGCGAUCCAGUGACGAAUUUGAGGAGACUACUUCGCCCAAGAAAGCUAAAGUCACCCCGCCAAAGACUACUCCAUUGCAGGUUAAUCCUUUCGUCUCUCGUCCAUUCACCAAGACCACUUCGGAACCAAAGGCAAUCUCGAAUGAUCAUCGCCCAGCCUUUCACAGAAACGCAGUAUUCCCGAAAAUCUUCCCACAUACUUAUUCAACCUCGACACAGUCGACCGAAUAUGUCGAAGAAUCGCUUACAUUGUCACGGGAUACAUCGUCCACAACCCUUACAUCUGUGACUCCGUCAACAUCUGUUUCUACCAUCCCCGCUGCUCUUCCAACACGACCAGCUAGUCUUCCGAUCCCACAGGCAGGAUGUCAAAAUGGCCAAUCACCAGCUAUCGAGGUGACUACCAGCAGAUACACGGCAAUGCUAAAUAAGCUAAAAGUCAAAUUUCACUUUCAAUGGGAAUUAGAGCGAAUGAUCUCCCAGCACGAGACCCUGACCUGGGAGCAGAUCGAGAUCGGGGAUCUUCAUGAAUUCAGAGGUCAAUCGUCUUUGGACAUGGUACAUCUGGUAGACGAGAUAUUACGAGGAGCUGAAACAAGACUCCUGAGAUCUGAUCCAAUUGAUGCUACUCGACGAGAAAUUUCAGAGAGAAAAGCUAUGCUUCUUACAGAGGUUGACAGAGAAGAGGUUUCAAUCAUGGCCAAUGAUCUCCGAGGAGUUGGAAACGACAGUGUCGACUGGCCAUAUGGAGGCAAGAUACAGUACACCCUUUCUGUCCAACUUGCAUCGCGAGGCGAAGAAUGCACUGAACUGCUACCGGAGCGUAUCUCUCCAAGUCAAGCUAAUAACCCAUAUCGUGCUCGAAAGGUUUUCGAGCGGACUCAUUCGGCUCCUAGUGGAUCCACGAGAGAUCAAACCAAUCCUCUUCAUCCACAUACACAUACAUCAGUCGCGCUCUCAGAAAGCCGAUCAUUUCCUUUCAAGUUCGAGCUCCGACCACCAGAAAUGCCCGGGAAAUCCUUUCGACUAGCUAGAAGAUUCGGUUCGCGAAGAUGUAUCAGUCUAAAAACAGCAGAUAUACCUUUCGGUAAACGAAAGGAACUACAGAACAUGCUGGUAGGCAGACGCUUGAUCGUUCUCGGUCGACCAUAUCGAGCAUUUUGGGCAGCUGCGGAUGGAGAAAAUGUUAUGUUGGUCGAGGUGCCGGAGGAGGGUAAUGGUAUAGUGACGAAGGGACGAGAGGACGAGCCUAAGAUGCCUAGUUUCCAAGAAUUACUAUACUUAUACAACGACUUGAAUCGAAAGCCUAAACAGGCAAUGGCUAAAUGGGCUGCGCGUCCUCAAAUCCUGUUGUCUGAAUCGGUACCUGCUGCUAACGUCGGCUUUACGGCGAUCCAGGAGAUUCCUGAUAUCGUCACCUGGAAUGCUCAACGGAAAGAUAGUCCCUCCACCGAGGAAGUCCUCACUGACGGGUGUGGUUUGAUGUCUGAGAGCUUAGCUUUACGAAUAUACCAGCACCAUUCGCUCACCCUGUCGAAUGGACGACCUUCAGUGGUACAAAUGCGUGUUGGCGGAUCAAAGGGUCUUCUAGCACUUAUGUCCCAUGAUCAGGCGGCUCAAUACCCUGGAAAGGAUAUACUACUCCGAGACUCAAUGAUUAAAGCUCUUUCGGCCUCGAAUUACGAAGACGACCCAUCUCUGCUGACUGUAGAUGUCUUAAAAUGCGAAGUUCUCAAGAUCGGUGCAAACAUCUCCUCAGAAGCAAUUAUAGCAAUGGUACAUAAUGGGGUACCAGCUCAAGUUUUCGUGAAGAUGGCGGAGAACGAAUUGGAUGCUCUACGUGAUGCUUUCUUGCCAAGUCAGCUAGAGGGAGAAUCGGAAGAUGAUAUGUUUACAAGGAUCUUCAGAAGUUGUUAUGGGAUCGGAGGGGUAGGCAUGGGUCAGAAAAAGAGGAAGACAAGGCAAGAAGGCAAAUCACUGCGAGCCGCCGGAUUAGCUAAAGGACAUUGGAAUGAUGAAGACGGUAAUAACGAUGACGACGAUGGUGAUCCAAUGACUGUCAACGCUGCUGAGCGAUUCGAUGUCGAUCCGAUAAGUGGUCAACCGAAUAGUCUGUGUGAAGCACUGAUGGAGGCUGUUGUCUCCGGAUUCAAUCCUGCUACCUCACCAUACGCCGCUUCGAAGCUUCAUCACGUAAUGGAGACUUUAUCUAAGAAGAUUGUACGAGGAUUCAAGAUACCCGUUCAACAAUCCUUGACAGCGUUCAUCGUACCUGAUUCUCUCCAGCUCUUAGCACCUGAUGAGCUGUUCAUCUGCUUCUCAGGGAAAGGGCCGAUCCACGAAACUACCCAAAUCCCAAUACCUUACCUUGAAGGUGAAGUCCUAGCAUACCGAUCGCCAUGUAAGGUUCCAACCGAUGUCAGAAAAUUGAAGGCGGUAUUCAAACCGGAAUUGGCAUAUCUGAAGGAUUGCAUUGUCCUAUCUGCCAAUAGUCAACUGUGUAAACGAUCUCCAGCGAGUUAUCUGGGCGGUGGAGAUUACGAUGGUGAUACACUCACCUUAUUCUGGAAUCAAGAAAUGGUCCAACCGUUCAAGAAUGCUGAAGAUCAUUUUGCGGAAACUCCCGAAACCUUCGUAGAAGAUAAUUUCGACAAGUCAGUUACGAAAGGUACAGAGUUUUUGGAAAGUAUAGAAGGAUUGAGUGAAGAUGAAAAGAUAGCGAGAAUGCAGGAGUGGUUGAUCGGUGGCGUAACAGGUGAUGAGCUAACUGGUAUUUAUUCCGGUCUACAUGAAAAUGCCGUAUACACAUUAGGUUAUUCUCACCCGGAGACCAUCAGGUUAGCAAGAAUGUUUUGCCAUGUGCUAGAUGCUCGUAAAUCUGGUUUGAGAGUGAAACCCGGAAAGCUCAUAGAGGACAAGAAGAGAUAUGGAGGUGAUUUAGAUUGGAAGUUAUGGAAGAAGGGUGAUGAUGCGCAGAUUGAAAGGAAUGUGAAUUUGCGAAAAAGAGGGAAAGGACUGGGUGGUUUUAUUAUGGAUAAAUUGAAGAUUCAGGGCGAAGGUCAUCGAGUGAGAAUGAUGGGUUCUUUCGUUCGGGAGCCCGAUACUUUGAACGAUGAAGAUUUCAAAGAACUCGCGAAAUUAUGGAAAGACGUAAAGCGAGACCCUUUGAUGAGUUAUAUCCCUGAUUGGCAAGACCAGAUUGACCAAAUGGAACAACAUGUAAGAGCAUGUUCGGACAUCAGACAACUCAUCGUUCAAGGUCGUUGUGAAGAUGUACAACAGACAUACCAGACUAUCCUAGAGGGAAAGGAACCGACGCCCAAAAAUCGUAGCGGCACGUGCAGUCCUACCAAAAAACCGAGCAAGAUCGAAAGCUCUGAGUUGGCUUUGGAGAGGUUGACGAAGAUGAGACAAUUAGCGCUGAUAUGGAAAGAGAAUCCUGAGGUUCACGAUGCUCCACUGUUAUUCCGCUGGAAUGUCAAUGAGCUGAAAUUGAGUUGUCUGGCUGGGAUGGUGGUAGGGAAGAAACCGUCUCAGAUGUCUCCGUUCGAUUUCGAUUUCACAGGCUUCUGCGCUAUGCAAGCUAAAUCAAACGGUAAAGACUUCAAAGUGGCCUUGGCAUCUAUCCAUGCCAACAUGAAACCCGUGACCAAAAUCCGAAAGCAAUCUUGA